GACAGUGACACUCAUAAUUUCAUCUAACUCACUGAGCUCAGUCUCUGUGCAGUGAGCUUGACUAAUUUGUGUAGUGAAAUUACUAGUGCAUCCAACCCGAGUGCACCUGAACUAGACUGAAGAUUACAACCAGUUACCCAGAAAAAUGGCAAACACACUAUCCAUGAGAGAGAAAUACAAAGCCAGACAUACGCUGGUUUGUCUUCUUCGUGCGGUAGUUGGCCGCAUCACAACUGUGGAACUCAGAAAUGAAUGUUCAGCGACUGGCUACGUGGAUGACGUUGAUGGUUUUAUGAAUGUGACAAUGUCCAAGGUUCUGUUUGUGAACAUGGAUGGAGAGAAAAUGCACAUGGACUCGUUCUUCGUCCAGGCAAGCCUUGUUCGCUAUGUGCAAAUUCCAGAUGACAUCAACAUGGUGAAGGCUAUGAAGCGGCAGUUGAUGUCGAUGAAUCCCCGAAAACCAGCACCAGGGAGUAUGUCAGGAGGUCGCAAGAAACCACCAUUAAAGCUUUGACUUGUGACUGAUCAAUUCAAGCCAAGAUGAUCAUAUUCCAAGUGAUUCAGCAGGCUUAUUAGUUCUACACAGCCCAGGAUCGAGAACAGGGUUUACAAUGUAUUUAAGUGUUGAGGAAUAGUUAAACUUAUUGGACCUUAUCAUUUGGGAAUGAGAACAUGUCUUGAGCUUCCAAGAAAGUGUUGAAGAUCUACAACUGCAUCAAAUCUUCCAUACAGAUGUGAAAAAGAAAAAUGAGUGUAGUUUUUUUUACUGUGGCAGAUGUUGUUUUGGCAAUCUGAUGAAAAAUGUUAACCAUUUCAAGGUACUUUAUUUCCUGAAAUUCUGAACCUUGUCUUUUGCCAACCUUUGCCUCUGAUAAAGGUUCAAUAAUGUAAAUCAUACUCGAGGCCAAACACUCCAAUCAAGUGUACAAGUCAUUUUGUCAGCUGUUAAUCCUUUGUGAGAAUUUGAAUUUUUAUAUUGUUUAAUAUCUACAUGUACAUGUAGCUAAGAGAGUCACCU